UGAAAAAGAAUUCGUAACGCUACGUUUAAUAUAGCUAAAAGCCCAAGCUAGUCUUUCUCCAGCUUUGGUUGCUGAAUUAUGACAUGAAACUGAGCAAGGCCAUUAUGGUUUGCUUUCCAAACUCUGGAAAGAUAUUUGGAGGGUCUGUAUGUUCUCUUCGAACAUUCUCGUGACAUUCGGAUUCACUUCUGUUCGCCUUGAGAUCUUUUCAUGCCUAUACAUCGCCGACGAGGUAUUGAAUACACUCAGUCACCAGGCACCUACAACAUCGCUCGUUCACAUUUGUUUACUUUUCCAACCCCCAACUCCCAAUCUAUUCAUUCACUUGGCGGCUCUCAUCCACUGCUGCCAACCUCACAUCACAAUGAUCACAUGUCAUCCAUCCUCCAUCCUCCAUCUUGUUUACAGUACUCACCCCUCUAUCCAACCUUGGCAGCCAACUCAGCAUUCCUCAGCUCCUCCCAUCUCCUCCUUGACCCCUCGCAGCCUCGGCGGGCGCCCCCCACCGUUCCCCGUUCUCCAGCCCCCGUUCCCGUCCGUCUCCGUCCUCAGCCCCGACCCCCGGUCCACCGGGGCGCCGCCAGUCUCCACAAAUCAACCGGACCCGGACCUCGCUUUGUUGAUCUCCACUUCGCCCGGUCCGGGUCCCAUGUCUGCAAGAAAAAAGGAAUUUUUGCGGGCUCCAGCUGACGCAAAAACAAAAACAAACACGGUAUGGAUCCAGCAGGAAGAAAAACGGUUAUCGCAGCCCUGUAGGUUUCGGUGAUAACAACCGGGAGAGGGAAGGGGUCCGCUAUUUUAGGCGAGA